GAAAGGUCGUGUGAAACAUGGCUGCUCCCCUGGAUGACAUGUUUUCCUUCUGCGUGGACCCCGGCAAAGUUGCCGCCGGCGUGGAAAUCCGAUUUAUAGACAAUAUUAAGGGCAGAGGCCUCUUCGCCAAAAGGAGCUUCAAGAAGGGAGAAAUCAUUUUUCUGGAGCGGCCUGUGGUGUCUGCCCAGUUCCUGUGGAAUGCUUUGUAUAAAUAUAAAGCCUGUGAGUUCUGCUUACGUGCUCUGGAGACUGCAGAGGAGAAUGCGAGGAGACUCAGCGGCAUCCCCGGACUCAGCCUUCCUCACCCUGAGCUCUGCCGUGUCCGAAGAGAGCUGCACCAAGCCUGCCCUCAGUGCCAGGUGAUGUACUGUAGCAGUGAGUGUCGACAAGCUGCAGCAGAUCAGUAUCACCGGGUUCUGUGUUUGGGUCCCUCCCAGGAAGAUCCAGACCACCCCAUUAACAAGCUGAAAGAUGCAUGGAGGAGUAUGCAUUAUCCCCCAGAGACCUCCAGCAUCAUGCUUAUGGCCAGAAUGGUAGCUGUGGUCAAACAGGCCAAAGACAAAGCACACUGGCAGAAGCUGUUUGCACACUUCUGUAGCCGGGCAGCUAAUGAGGAAGAGGAGAUCGCCCAUAAGCUCCUGGGAGAGCAGUUCAGAGGGCAGCUGGCCUUGUUACACAGCCUUUUCAAAGCAGCACUUUAUGAGGAUCAUGUUAAUCGGUGGUUUGUCCCAGAGGGUUUCCGCUCUCUGUUUGCUCUUGUGGGAACAAACGGUCAAGGCAUCGGCACCAGCUCCCUGAGUCAGUGGGUUCAUGCCUGUGAUGCACUUGAGCUUCCUGCCCAGCAGAGGGAGCAGCUGGACUCUUUUAUCGACCAGCUCUACAAGGACAUUGAGAAAGAAACGGGAGACUUUCUAAACUGUGAGGGCUCUGGACUUUUUCUGCUUCAGAGCUCAUGUAACCACAGCUGCAUACCCAACGCAGAGGCGUCCUUCCCCGACAACAACUUCCUGCUUCAGCUCAGUGCCCUUACUGACAUCAACCCAGGAGAGGAGAUUUGCAUCAGUUAUCUGGACUGCUGUCAGCGGGACCGAAGCCGUCACAGCAGACACAAAAUUCUGAGGGAGAACUACCUGUUCGUCUGCUCGUGUCCAAAGUGUGUCUCCCAGAUGGAUGAACUGGAUGUGACAUCAGAGGAGGAAGAGGAAGAAGAAGGCGAGGCAGAAGGUGAAACAGAGGGGGAUGAGAUGGAAGAUGAGAUGACAGAUGUCUGAUGAAAGACUUGCCCAUAUUGUUCUUAGCCGUUCCCAUUCCUGCCGCCCCGCUAAGCAACCACUGAAGCCCAGAAGAAUAAAGACCAGUCCAAACAUGUGGGAAAAUGUCUUCUUAUCAUCACAUUUCACUCAUUCUUUGUCUAGUUUUAGAGGUCAGCCACAAAAAGCAUUAUUGGGUAUAUGUGUGUGAAGUGUGUCAGCAUGAAGAUAGUGAGAGGUUUUUUUAUUGCUUUCACUCUAUUUCAGCAAGACUGAAAGACUUCAACUUUCAGGGUUUUUGAUUGUGUUUACAACAAUAUUUGGUAAACAGUUAGGGACUGGUAUGGCUUUUAACCCUCUGGGACUUUUUAUGAAGAAGCUGAAAUUUCCACACAAGUUUGGAUAUAAACACAUUAAUCUUUUUUGGUCACUAGGGGGCAGCACCAGUUGUAAUCUUUAACAUCUUGACAAGAGGAACUUAACACCCCCUGAACAUUGCUUUUGCCGCCCUCCAGUGAUUCAACUCACCUUGCUUCCAUUGAGCGUUAGAAUUAAUCAAAACAGUGACACUGGGGGCUGAAAAACCAAAACAAUGAGCUGAAAGAUGCUUAUCUAUCUAUCUAUAAACCCAUAGAGCUGAAGGGAGCUGCGGAUAGUGUUGAUUACUUUCUGAAACAUCAUCACUACGAGCGAAUCCUCUCAUACAUUGUUAAUACACAAAUGUUGAUUAUAGCAGCUUUAAAUUAAAGCUGAAAGUCAGUACUUUAACCUCACAGGUAUUGCGUCAUUUGAUCCAUGUCAUCCAAAGUGCAGGAGUACACAGUCAAAACAAAACUGUCCUAAUGCUUCAUGCACCGUGUCUGACCUCCAGGUCCACUAAAUACAAGUCAGAAGAACAGUUAACAUUUCUUGUACCGACAACUCUUGUCAACUGGUUUCAGGUGUUUCUCUCAACAGCUGAAAUUCAGUCCUGGUUGAUUUGGCAACACCUGUAGUUCCUGAAGGUAACGGUAAUGUGGUUUAAUACUACAAGUCCCAGAAUACUGGGGGCAGUAAAACAAACUUAUUGUUUUAAUAAAGAAGUCAGUCAAUAAUUGUUGUUUUUGCAUCACUCUGUGAGCAACAGUGAUCUGAUUUCAUCCCAUCUGUGAAAAGCAGUAAAAGGGUUACCUCGCUCAGAAGUUGGAGGUGUGCAGCCUGCAGCUCUUCAUCUAACAGCUCACUGUGGCGGCUCCUUCUUGUUGCAUUUCUCCCUGCAAUAUCUCAAACCUGCUGUCAAAAAAUGCCAAAAAUAGCUGUUGUCUUGUUUUGUAGACACCUUUCUGAUAGAUGAUAGUAGUCAGUGGGUUAGGGUUAGCUUUUCAUGUGAAGCUGCAGCAGUAGCAAAUGUUCAGUUUGCAUUAGCAGUAACUUAAUACAGCAUUUUUUUUGGGAAUGUCACAGACAGUUUGUAAUACUACAAUUAUAUAAAUACUGCAGUUAUUUUUAUCAGUGGAUCAUAGGCUCAAUCAAUUAUGUUCCCUCAUUCUGACUUAACAAACAUUGAUUGAAAAGUUUCUUACUUGACUAUGCAUACUGUAUUGAAGAGGCAUUUUAUUUAUAUUCCACUGUAAUUAGGCUUGUCAUAUAGGAGGUAUCCAGCCAGUGAAAUGUAGUUUGGUUUUCAUACCAUGAUCUAUGGGGUUACGCUAAGCCUUCUUAAUGUAUUAUGGAGACCUUGAGUGGAAAAUUGCUUUGUCAGUAACUGUUUGCCCUUUGUUGAGAACUGUAUUUUAAACCACAGUUCCACAUGAGUGAAAUUGCUGCUGCUGCUGCCCACACAUAAAUCAAUAUUACAACAAUGGCUGUAAUCACAAAUCCCAAUAUUUUCAGUUACUAGACAAAGAUUGGAAAUAUUGAAUGAGUUAUCCCAAUUUUCUCAGUUGGCAUCCAGAGCAGUGGCACAGGAGAG